AUGAAUAAAAUAUUGGUUAGAUUAAGACCAGUGUUAUCUAACACAUCAUUGGGAUCCCGGCUGGGAUCUUUGGUAUCGAGGAUAAUCCUUAAAAACACCGCUUCAACAAGGCCGCUUUCAAUAAUGUAUAACCACAAGCCAAAAAUAUCAAAGGUUUCAUCCAUGAUCCUUGAGUCAAGAAGAUAUUAUGGUUUUAAAAGAAUCAACGUGACAAGCCCUUUUUUGGUUGGAGUAUUGAAGUUCUUUAGAGGAACUUUGAGAGGGUUUAUGAUUUUCUAUUUUGCUUCCCUUGCUAUUAUUAGCGGUGCAGUAGCAACAGUGAGCUACUAUCUCAAUCAAUAUGAAAAGAUCCCUCUUAUUUUCACUGGCCCAAGUACCGGUGAAUCUGUUAGUUUGACCCUUAAAGUUCUCCUCAAAAUGGCGCUAUUUAAUGAACUCUUGACUAAAAGAUUAGAUAUUGCGAAUGAAUAUUUGAUGGUCUUUUUGAGGCAUAUAAACAGAUCUCACGGCUUAAAAUUUGAUAAAGAUUCUGAAAAGUUAGAAGAAUACUUGAAUAAUGAAGAAAUUUUGCAAAAAGGAAAAAACUGGUAUAAUCUCUAUACCGAUGUGUUGUUGAGACUUGCGAUUAUUAAGGGCCAAAUGGGAAACAUUGAUGAUGCCAAGCCAUUUUUGGAAAAAGCUAAAUCGUUCAUUGACUUUGUUAAUGAUAAAGAUAUUGAUGUUGGAAACAGAAAUUUGAGAAAUAAGGGGCUCAGGUUACUUGCCAAGAUCUAUGAACGAGAAAAUCAAAUCGAGAAAACACAUUCUCCUCAAGCUAUCGAGAGUUUGUACUUUGAUUCCUUGAUCACCUUAUUUGAACAGUAUCCGGAAGUUAUGACAUCUGCAAACAUAAAGACUUAUGACCAAAUGUUGGUUUUAAAUGAAGAAGUUUCUAAGAUUUUAUCAAGAGAUUUAUACAACACCAUCAAUGAGUUAGCAGCCCAUUAUUCUAAAAAUAACGAGACAAAGACCGCUUUCAAAAUAUUCCUUAAUAACUUAAUCUUCCUUCAGAAAAACAAAGAUGCCCUCACAGGUCCUAGCAUUCCCUCUGUUGCUUCCCUCCUUGAUGGUUAUUUCCAAAAUCAGAACGAUACUAUAGUGCCAUUCAAAAUUGGUGCCGGAGAUAUUCCAUUGUUAAAGUUUCACCUUGCAGAGCUUUUGUGGAGCUUUGGAAAUCAUGAAGCUGCCAUUAACUGGACUAAAGAAUCAUUUAUUGAAUCAUUUAACUACAGCAAACAGGACAAAAAUUGUGCUAUUUUGUCAAAGCUUUCUAUUGAGACUUUGAAAAAAAUGUAUUUAAAGUUGAACAAGAAGGGAAAAUAUGAUAAAAAGAUUGAGCGUUGCGAGAAUUUGUCAGAAGAAAUUUAUUUACCAACAUAUUCUUCUGGUACGAAGAUGAUUGUAGAUAAUAUGCGUUAA